UGCUACUAUGUUUGAUUUUAUUCAGAUGAGAAUUGUUUUGGUGUUGCUGGUUCUGGUUGUCGUGGCCACGUUCAGGGUCGACAGUUUUCGUUUUCGUGGACGCCGGUUCUGGCGAAGGGUGAAGAGGGUAGCCACUACUAUCGCUGUUGUUAAAGCUGUUGGUGCCGUCAUGGGUGGAAAACGAGAUGUUGCUGACGUAGACACCAACAUGGAUGGUGUGAUUGACGAAGCGGAAGUGGAGAAGUAUCUCGGCACGAGAGACGCACGUGACUUGCUAGGUCUUGCAGAUUCUGAUGGUAAUGAUAAAGUCACCGUAGAUGAAUUUCAGCAAAUAUAACAACGCUCUCGAUGAUGACAUAAAAGGAACAUGAUCCCCUCGGAAUAACAAUUUUUAAAAUGUUUGUUUAACAACACUAAUUUAGCACAUUGAUUUUUUAAUCAUACGCUGUUGGA